AACAAGUUACUUGACAAUUCAAUACGAUAUUAUUGGUUCUUAUAUUGUUUGUAAAAAAAAUGAGUGUUUUUUUCAUAAAAAUAUCGCCUCAAAAGUGAAAAUAUUCACUUGAAACAAUUUUAUAAACAUGUUUCCUGGACGCGAAUCAAAUUUGAAACCUAUGGACGUCCAUACGAACACCAAUACUAGUUGGCGCCAAGAAAAUACACCGGAUAAAUGUAAAAAGCUAAAAUCAAAUAAAAGUUCGCGAAAAAGAAAAAGACGACACUCUUCAACUGACGAUGAAGAAGAAGAUUUUGAUACAUCAAUCGACGCCAAAUUAAAACAGAGUGCCAUGAGAAAUAAUCUAACGCCACAAAACGUGAGAAAUAUACUUCAGAAAGUUGUUCGAAAUGAUCAUGUUUUAGCGAUCGUUAAAUUGAAGGAAGAACAAAUGGAGAGACAUGAACAGGCAAUGAAAAAACCAAAACUAUUGACAGCAGGCGAUGAAGUUUCUAAUGUAUCUGCGAAGGAUGAAUACGAUGAUUUUGAAAAUGCAGUACCAAAGCUAACACGUGCCAAAGCAAAAGCCCUUAAUAAAUAUCCCCUACCUGUUGCUCCACUCAAACAUUCUCAACCAGAUUCCGAAGUUUUAGCCUUAAUCCACGAAGAUUUACAUUCAGACGAAGACGAUGAAGAAUAUGAGCCCGGAGAGGAUGAAAGUGAGUCCGAUGACGAGAUAAACACGACAGCCUCUGACAUUGAUUCUCAACCCGCAACACCAUCAAGCCAAAUAGAUGCAUAUGAAGAACCUAGAACGGUUUACUCAACCGAUGGUCUCUUCAAGAUUCCACGAGCCCGAAAUGACAGCACAGACACAUUAUUACAGACAGAACAGGAAUACAUCAUUGCACAAAGAACGCGAUCAAAGAUUAGCCUAGCUGAAACACCAAUCGAAGCAAUAGAAUCAACAUUCAGAGCUCCAGAUGUUCCUCAGGAUAUGUAUCAAACUGAGCCAGAUGAAGAUGAUCCAUAUUGGAUGGAAUUUUUGAAUACAUUCGCGUGUCCAAGUUCGGAAACGGAAAUACGGGACGAAGAGACAGAUCCAGAUUAUAAUCCUAUGAUUGUUGAUAGUCAAGACGAUCGAGAUGAAUUUCAACAAGUGAAUGUAUCUAAAAAGGAAAUGAAAGAUUUAUAUCAUGAUAUGUAUGACAUCUUAGAUAUAAAUGAAUUGACUUUAUUGAAUUAUACUGAGUUUAAUCCAUUUGAACCUGAUUUUAAUACAUCGAAACAAGCACCAAUUGUGCAAGAGGACAUAUCGCAAAGCUUGAUUACGCCGGUGAAACACAUUACCGAACAAUUGAAUACUCCUGAAUGUGAGAAAAUUCAAUCACAAACAGAAUCACAAGCAACCAUUCAAGCGCCAAUACCUUCAAAUCCCCCGAUGAGUCACUUUGAACCAAAUAUAAUAUCAACGCCAGCAAGACCAAAUUUUAUUCAUCAAACACAACAACAAUCAGUUGAUUCAUUUAAUAGUAGUUUACUUUCGGUUAACGAAUCGCCAGUUCAAUGUACAUAUCCAUAUCCAUAUCCCAAUGCUUAUACAUUUACACCAGUGCCAGAAAAUUCGCCCGUCAUGACAUUUCUCGCCAAUUCCAACGUGGCAUCUAAUAACUUUACUUUACCAUACAACUCAAAUUUGAUUACAACACCAUAUGAGUCGACCUCAAUAUUUACAAUGUCGUCAUCUGUGAUAUCAUCCACUGAAUCAGACAAAAUUGGUAAUAGUUUGAAAACACAAAUCGAAUGUGGGCCAACACCAAAGAGACCUGGAUGUCGAUCAAAAAGAUCGCGUUUUAAAAGUGCAACAUACAAAGAACUCGAAAAUUUCGACCCGAAUUCAAUUGAACCACCACAUUUCUCUGGAACAGAUGAGAGGGGAUUUACAUUUCAACAGCGUUUAACUUUGGAAGAACAACUCCGAAUGCAUGUUCAACUGGCAACACAAAGUUAUAUACAAACAUAUGGCCAUCCGGAAUUCUAUCCGGAAGCUCCCAAAAUCAAACAAUAUCUGGAUGAUCUUAUAAAUAUCGUUGACAAAGAAAAUGCUGGCACAAUAUCUAUAUACAACUUGAAACCAGCAGUUGAAUUAAUUACUAAAUGGGAAACGGAGUUGUCACAAAAUACAAAAGAAAAUACCGAAUUGGUUACAUACUUACAAAAUGAAAUGAACAAGCUGCGAAAAAACUUAAGUUAUACAAUGCAAUUUCAUGAGCGAAUUUUGUCUAUAAUUAGUGAAAGUAAAGUAUUUAUCUAUCCUCAUUUGUUGCCAGCAAUCCCAUUUCGUUUCAAAACAGCCAAAUCAUCUGAAUACUUUCCCGCUGAAGAUUACUUGCUCGCAUUUCUUCUAGAACACUUUUUUGGAGAGCUCCAAUGGAAAAGCAUAAAUUAUAAGUUCUCUAAACCCAAAGAGGUCAAAUUAAACAAUGUUUGCAAGCAUAUAUCAGCACACUUGAACUAUUUGCGCCAUUGGAAAUCGAUUUAUGAUUAUAUUCGAUUCAGGCGAAAAAAUGAAAUAAUCAAUCCAAUUAAGUUUUAUUUCAGUCAUAAACGAGCUCCACCUAUUCGAAUAAUUUACGAAAAAAUCAGUCCGAUAUCUCAUGGAGAAACAUUUAAUCCGGAAUUUGUAACUGAACCAGCCAAGCAACCAUUAAAGAAACUGACAGCACAAUGGUCAAAAUACGCAGAAAAGUUGAUUGGCUUUGCAUACGACGAAAUAUUAAAUGACAAUAGUGAUCUCACGUGUAAAGUGAACCAAGAAAUAAGUGAGAAAAAACAUCAACCAUUGAUUCCGAAGAAAACCAAAACAUCUGAUUUUUCAUCACAAAUACUUCAAGAUGAUAGCAAGCUUGAUGUCAAUGGGACUUUAAUUCAUAUAAAAAUAAUUUAUGACAAUUGCAAUACGAGUAAUAACGGUCAACAAUCUGAAAACUAUUGUGGACAAAAAUAUAAUAUUAAUGGUGAUGGUCAAACUUUGUUAACGAAAUAUUUUCAUCCAAUUCAUCGAAAAAAAGUUGAUGCUGAGGAUUUGAUAAUUUUAACGGAAACAGAAAAAGACAAAAAAACUGAUAGAAAAUAUCUACAUCUGCAUAGCAAACAAAUUAAUAAAAAGUAUAGGAAAUUGAGAACACGUAAAUAUUUUAUGCGACAAAAGACAACCGCAUUUUUAGUUUGUAUUGCACAAAAAUUGCGUAAAUUUUACUCAACACAUUGGCAUCGAUUUCGGCAGAAUAGGAAUGUAUCACUUGCAUAUCGUUGCGUAAUCACAUUUUAUCGAUAUACGACUGAAUUUGUAAAUUGUGUCAAACAUCAAAUUCCACAAAUUUCAUCCAACAUGUCAAUAGAAGCAUUGGUUACAAAUCGACGUGUUCAAAAAAUAUUAAAUGACAAUGUCAGAGAAAUAACUGAAGAAAAUAAUGCACAUAUCGGCCAACAACACCAAAGCGAUGGUAGUGCAAAACGCUUGCCCAAAAAUCAACGUACAAGCGAUAGCACUCGAUUAUUACUUCUUGCUGAAAAUGCCCAAGAAUCUUCGGAGAAAGAUUUUUUGUUUGCACAGAGAUUUAUAGAACGCGUAGAAGAGAUAUUCAUUAAUGAAAACAAGCAUCACAAGUUCGUUGAAUUUCUUGCUAUUUUACGAAAAUUCAGCGAAAACCAACAGCAUCAGUCUGGUGCGGAUCUAUAUAUGAUUUUGGAGAAAUUUCUCUUGCCGGAUUAUCCAGAAAUCAUCGAUUUGUUUUUGAACUUUUUAUCACCCAGCGACGCGGUCGAAAUUAAUAAAUCGAUGGAGUACUUUUUAAAAUUAAAUUUGACGAAAUUCCUUAACAAAUUGAAUAUUUUUUAUCAAAAGCAACCAGCACAGAUCCGAAAAAUACUUACAUGUUUGAAGGAGUUAAGUGAAGAUCCAGAUGUGACAUUUGAUCGAUUACGAUCAAGAGUUUUACCACUACUAAAAGGGAAUCAAUUACUGAUAGAUUGGUUUUUGCAAUGUGUUAGUCCGGAUAAAUGCGAUAAUACUAAAGAUGAAUAUGAGACAUUGAUACUGCGCAAAGGAAACGAGUCAUUUGACGAUGAUCAAUUUGAAUAUAUUCCACAAAGCGAAAUUGUUCCAGAUCCGAAUGAUAAUCCAUGUCACAUACGCUAUAUGAAUGGCAGAUUAUUCUAUGGUUCUAGAUUUCCUCUUCCAGCUAAAUUAUCUUUUGGUGUGCUACCAUGCACUUCAGCGACAGUUGAUCCAUUUGAUACUGUAGAUAAACAUAUGGAUAGCAUAGACAAGAGUUUUCAGUAUCGUUGUGUACAUAAUACGCUGUUUGCAGAUAGCAAAAUGCGUGACAGACAUCAAUCGGAACUUGAUCAUAUCGGCGGCAACGGAACACCUGAAGAAAUUGACAACAGUGAUGAAGAACAACAUUUCCCAAUACCAGUCGAAAGGAAUGACGAACGAAAUUCUAUUGAAGAAGAUUUAAUUGUUGCAAAUACAACCAGCGUUAGCGAUAACAUUCUUUGUGAUAACACUUUGUUAAGAGCGCAUUCUAUAAGAUUGAAUCCAUCAUUACACAGUACAUCGUUAAAUCAGUCAAAUGCUGAUAUCCUGAAUAAGCUCAAACCACUAGAACAAUUGUCAGCGGAGAAUACAAAUAAAGACCUAAAGUUGUCCCCGAAAAAACAAUCUGUUGUCAAAUGUUCAACAAAUAUCCACGCAAAACCAUCACAUGUUCGUAAAUCCACUUCCCCAAAUACAAAAAAAAUGACGAUGGCUGCAUGUAAGUCACCCAAUAAUAAGAAAACGACGUCUCCAAUAUUAUCGGUAAAUCAACAAACCAAUUGCUCGUUUCAAACAAUUCAAGAGUCAAAUGCUAUCCAAACUGCCAAAAAAUUAAAACGUAUUCUAGACACAAGUGAACCUGUCGCCUGUUCCAGUCAAUCGAUCACAACAGAUGAUAUAAUAACUAAAACAAAAUCACAAAAAAGUCAUAUGCUUUCUAAACCAAUCAAAAAACAAAAACGUGCACACGAAUACUAUGACUCAGAUGAUGAUGAGGAUACUGUUGAGGAAUUUGGGAAGAGAAGUGAGACGAAAUGUCAACUCGAUGCUAACAUGGUGAAAACAAGUUUACAGCCCGCAGAGAUUCAAUGGACACGCGAUGAAGAUCGACUACUGCUGGAACAAAUAAAGGCCGGUAUCGAUUCAAACACAGGAAACAUUGCAGGAUUUGCCAAUGACUUUCCGAAUAAAACUCCGGGACAGAUACGGAGUCGCAUUGAUUUUUUAAUCGAUUUUCUCACUAAGUUACGUAAUAAAAAUAAUUGAUUUGAGCGUUGAAAUAUA